AACCACACAAACACCGCCUUCUCUUUCUUUCUCUUUAUCUCUUUUUUUCUCUCUCUCUCUCUCUUCAUUCCCAUCUCUCUCUCUCUUCUUCUUCUUCUUCUUCCUCCUUCGUCGGCUCUUGUUUGGGCGAGAGGGCUUUUCUGCCAAAAUUUUUGCUAACAACGAACGUUUCUUCAUUUUUGAACACCUGAAUUUGUGCAAUUCUUGUUCGAUUUUUUGUGAAAACGUGGAGAUGGCGGAGAAUCUUACGGAUCCCGGCUUGAAUCAGUGUUUUCAAACCGCGUUGGCUCGGAUGAACUCCGACGAGUCCACCAUUACCAUCGACACUUGCAAAGAUGUCCGGCGUCGUUUUAAUAACGCAGUACAGGGCAAACCCAAAGAGUGGACAGAUGAGAAGCACAGUAUGUAUCUUAACUCAUUAGAAGCAUCUUUUGUAGAUGAGUUAUACAAUUCAAAUUGUUUGGGUGGCGGGGGCGUGAAAAAGAACUCUUGCAAGCGAAAUUCUUCCGACCAGUUUGUGGUGCUUGGGGAUGGAUGUUGGAAGAAGAUCAACUACGAGAAGAAAGGAUCUUUGUUGAGUCGCACAACUGAGUCCCACUUAGUGGCGGAUAAUCAAUGGGUUCGUCAUGUUAGUAAUUCAAACAAACGUCGCCCUCUAGCAUGUCCUGAUUCUCAAGGACGUAUUGCAGUUUGUAGCAAUGAAAUCCACUUAAGAGGGAAGCUGGUAUGCGUAUGUGGAUCAACCAAUGGUUUAAAGCAUAAUCCUGUAUGUCACAAAUGCCAUCAAGAUAUGUUUGACAGCACUGCAGAGGUUUCUGAUCAGAAUUUUAUGGAGGAUAACUCUGGAGAGAAACUCAGCUGUGAAUCUGUAGUGAAAAGGUUGAAGACUGCUGCAAGCGAUGAUUCCAAAAGUGAUCAAAUUGUGCCAUCAAACAAGUUCCACGCAGCAGAUGCUUCAAUUGCCAAUAACAAACAAGGACGCCGUGAAUUGCUUUCUAAGCACCCUGAAAACUACGUCUGCCCAAAAUCUAACAGUCACUAUUAUUUGAAAGGAAGCUGAUAGUGAUUUGUGAUCUUGGUUUUGAAGCUUGGGAUGUUACGAUUGACAAUGACACAGCUCAAAAGAAAGUUAAGGUUAGCCUCUUAGCUUCCCUACCUUUCUCGAGAAACAAAUCAACAACCCUAUAUAGCUACCCUACAAUUGAAAUCGUCUGCUGGAUGAAUGUUGUUGCCUUUUAAGGUUAUAAGUGUUCCACACAAGUUCAAGGCCAAAGAAUUUGUAUAUACUGGAGUCAUGUCCUUAUACGGUUAUACAUAGUAUGUAUGGUUGCAUAAUAUAUAUAUAUAAUAUAGUAUAUGAGUAGAUGAAUAUACAACUCUGAAUGUUAGUAAUUCGAUAUAAGUUUUCCUUCCUUCAAUUUUGUAGCAAUGUAAUUCUGAUAGAAGCAACAUGUAAUAGAAUUAGAAGAUGAGAAAUCAAUUCAUUGGUUGUAUGGCUAAGUUAGUUUGUUUCAAUGAUGUUGUCAUUGUAUAUGCUUUUUAUUCUUCGAUGCCCUUAAAUUCCUCCUUCAGGGAAUGCAAUGAAUGUCCUAUUGGAUUAGUUUUGGCUAAUUACUGAGAUGAUUUUUCUUUUUCUGUGGCAAAAGCUAUCUAUCUGCUUAACAU